CAACUACUUCCGGUUACUUUGAGUUUGUAAACGCGAGCAGCGAGCGGGUGUUGAGAGAAAGUUGCAUUCUGCAUUGUUUCCAGAAGACUGACUAGUCGGUUACAUUUUUUGAUAUUGUGACAGAUCGCCAAGAUGAAGUGUCUGGUGUGCGUGUUGUCACUGUGCCUUGCCUUGACGGUGUUUGCCGAAAAGGAGGCCCACGCCCCUCACGACCCGCUGGGAGGGGGAGAAAGAGAUUGAUGGGGAGAGGAACAAGCACCGAGACCAUGAAGCUGUUCUGGGAUCCCGUCAUGAUGCGGAGGAAGCAGAUGAGCUGAGCCCUGAACAGGCCAAGAAACUGCUGGAACAGCUGGCCGUGAAACACGACCUGGAUGGAGAUAAACGAAUCUCCAGGGAUGAGUUCAUCACCUGGAUCCUGCAGUCUUUCAAGUCACUGGAUGAGGAAGAAGCGCUUGAGCGUUUCAAGGAGGAGGACGAGAAUCAUGAUGAUGCACUUGGGUGGGCUGAGUACCUGAAGCAACAGUAUGACUACACUCUGGAGGAUGUGAAGAAGAUGAGGGAAAAACCUGAUGAGGAUGACAACAGGAACAUGGUUGAGAUGAUUGAUGAAGAUGAGAGGCUGUUCGAUGGUGCUGAUCUAGACAAGAAUAAGAUGCUUGACAAGAGCGAGUAUGUGGCUUUCUAUCACCCAUAUGACUUUGAGCACAUGCACAAGUUCGAGAUUGAGAGAGGCAUCAAGGACUAUGACAAGGACAAUGAUGGCAAGGUUUCACUUGCAGAGUAUAUUGGAGAUGUUGAUGAUGCUGAAUCCAGGGCGACAGAGAGCACCCAGUUCAACGACUAUGACAAGAACGGUGACGGCAUCCUGGAGGGGAGUGAGCUGAAGAAGUGGUUUGUGCAGGACAACAUGGACUCUGCUGUGGAGGAGGUGGACCACCUCAUGGGAGUGGCAGACUCCGACAAUGAUCACUUCCUCACCUUUGACGAGAUCCGUGAACACCAGGAGGAGUUCGUCAGCAGCCAGGCAACAGAUUAUGGCACGACGUUGGAAAAGAUGAGAGACGAGUUGUAACCGUGUUCUGCUGUAGAACUGUACAUAGUCUUCUUUCAUUCUUCAUCAUGGCAGUGUCUUGUCAUGUUUCCUCCAUGUUGUUUGAAUCAUGAAUGGUGUGCUGCUGGUCUGUCUGAAUGGAAGUGUGUAACCGUUAACUUUUAAAAACUCUUCUGAUGUAUGCUGCUUCUGCCUGAUAAGACUUGGGAAGCCAAAUAUCUUUUAGCCAGACAGUAAAAUCAAACGUCAGGUAUGGCAGCACACACACCUUCAGAGACAUUUAUAGACAGAAGACACACCUUCAGAGAUAUUUAUAGAUAGCAGACACACCUGCAGAGACAUUUAGACAGCAGACACACCUGCAGAUACAUUUAUAGACAGCAGACACACCUUCAGAGACAUUUAUAGACAGCAGACACACCUGCAGACACAUCCAGACGCCAUUACAGACUCAUCAGACGGGACAUCAACAAAACUUAAGCAGAUGCUAGUACUCAACGUCUGACAUUGCAGUGCACUCACCUAUAGACACUUGUAUACAGCAGACAUACCUAGACACAUCCAUAGACGCCAUUACAGACACAAUAUCAUACAUGACGACAGACAUAAUCUUAUUAAUAUCAGAAUUAUUUCACAGAUGGAACACUUAUCUGCAUAAGUAUCUCAGGACUCCUCUGUAAAGCAUUGCGUCUGGUGAAUGGUCUAGUCAUUGAAUCAGCAUUAAGGCUUUUAAUUUCCUGCACAAGUGAGCUAGGCAUUCAGACCACACACAUCUGAAUUUGGUGUUUUGAUAAUGAACUAAAACAUCUUCUGAAUGUAAACAAAAAAAACAAAACCAUCAUAUUGUAGAUAAUUGCACUGUUCUUUUUGAGUGCCAUGGUAUCUAGACUCAAAAGGGGCUGUGGAGUAGCCUCGUAGUUAAAGCUUUGGCUCGUCACACCGACUCAAGUUAGACUUCCAACAUGGGUAUGAUGUGAGAAGCCCAUUUGUGGUGGUCCCCGCCGUGAUAUUGCUGCAAUAUUGCUAACAGCGGUGUAAAACUAAAACUCACUCAGAUUCAAAAGGGUGUAUCAUUGGAGGAACAGUAUGUACAUUCUAUGAAGGUUUUCAUUUGGACAGUCAAGCUGGUAAUGAUAUGCAUAGUUACGUUAGAAAACUGAUAUUUGCAAGAACAAGGACAUCCUUCAUUUAGAUGUGCAUUGGCCAUCAGACUUUCCUCUGGGUGGAUGUCAUGUAACACCCUAUGCAAGUGUCCCCAGAGUUACCUGAGCAGAUCUGAAGCACAGCAAGAUACAGACACAGACACACACACCUUUCCACUUACAUAAUUAUCCUGUUAAAUAUUUUAGGGGCAGGAGGCAGUUUAUGAUUUGUUUUCUUUAUGUUUUAGCUUUAAUGAAAAGUUCUGGUCAUUUAUAACAAGGGGCAUAUCAGAACAAAUCAGUGAAGGUCACCACAAAACAUCGCAGUAUCUAGUUGAGGGUCACAAAAAUUAUUUACUCAUUCUUGGAGGAUGGUGAAAAAGGUGGCCAUUUUGUGAUAAACUAUAGAGUGUAUAGAGUGUAUACUUUUCAGAGAGAACAGGACGUUGGGGAGGGUGAUCCCAAAAUAUGAUGAAUGUUUGCUGUUGGUCAAUAUUUCCAGUACAAUAGUACAUCCAAAACCCAUGACAUCACUCAAUCACCCUCCUCCAUUGUAUAUGGGGGCGGUGGGGUAGCCUGGUGGUUAAAGCAUUUGCUUGCCAUGCUGAAAGACCCGAGUUCGACUACCCACAUGGGUACAAUGUGUGAAGCCUAUUUCUUGUGUCCCCUGCUCUGAAAUUGCUGGAAUAUUGCUAAAAGCGGCGUAAAACUAAA